CUCCUGGCGCCGGAGGCGGCGCGGCGGCAUCCCCAUCCUCCUCCUCUUCCCCAUCCAUCCCUCCCUGCCUCCGCCUCUUUCCUCCUUUCCCCCGGGCGCCCUCUGCACUUUCUUCUCGAACCACCCUCGGAGGCAAACUUUGAUGGGGAACCUCGCACCGCGCUGGAAAAAUGCCGGUUAUGAAGGGAUUACUGGCACCCCAAAACACCUUCCUCGACACCAUCGCCACCCGGUUUGACGGCACACAUAGUAACUUCAUCCUUGCAAAUGCUCAGGUGGCUAAAGGAUUCCCUAUUGUUUACUGCUCAGAUGGCUUCUGUGAGCUUGCUGGAUUUGCACGAACUGAAGUCAUGCAGAAGAGCUGCAGCUGUAAAUUUUUACUUGGUGCUGAAACAAAUGAGCAGAUGAUUCUUCAAAUUGAGAAGUCGUUGGAAGAAAAGGUAGAAUUCAAAGGAGAAAUCAUGUUCUAUAAGAAGAAUGGGUCUUCAUUCUGGUGCUUACUGGAUAUUGUUCCUAUAAAGAAUGAAAAAGGAGAUGUAGUACUCUUUCUGGCCUCUUUCAAAGAUAUAACAGACACAAAAGUGAAGAUUCCUGCAGAAGACAAAAAGGAAGAAAAAUGGAAAGGAAGAGGAAGAGCAGGGUCACAUUUUGAGUCCGCACGCAGACGGAGUAGAGCUGUCCUUUAUCAUAUAUCUGGACAUCUACAAAGAAGAGAGAAGAACAAAUUAAAAAUUAAUAAUAAUGUUUUUGUAGAUAAACCAGCAUUUCCAGAAUACAAAGUUUCAGAUGCAAAAAAAUCCAAAUUCAUACUAUUGCAUUUUAGCACUUUUAAAGCUGGCUGGGACUGGCUUAUUUUACUGGCAACGUUUUAUGUUGCUGUGACUGUACCUUACAACGUUUGCUUUAUUGGUCAUGAUGAGCUGUCUACAACUCGGAGCACAACUGUCAGUGACAUUGCAGUGGAAAUUCUUUUUAUCAUUGAUAUUAUUUUAAAUUUCCGAACAACAUAUGUCAGCAAGUCUGGCCAAGUUAUAUUUGAAGCAAGAUCUAUUUGUAUCCACUAUGUGACUACCUGGUUUAUCAUUGAUUUGAUUGCUGCACUUCCUUUUGAUCUUCUUUAUGCUUUCAAUGUCACUGUGGUUUCCCUUGUCCAUCUCCUAAAGACAGUGCGGUUACUACGCCUCUUGCGUCUCCUUCAGAAGUUGGAUCGUUACUCCCAGCACAGCACAAUUGUUCUCACACUUCUCAUGUCCAUGUUUGCCUUGCUUGCUCACUGGAUGGCCUGCAUUUGGUAUGUCAUAGGGAAAAGGGAGAUGGAACAGAAUAACCCCCUUACCUGGGACAUAGGUUGGCUUCAUGAGCUAGGAAAACGUAUUGAGUCUCCUUACUAUGAGAAUAAUACACUAGGAGGCCCAUCAAUCAGAAGUGCCUAUAUAGCUGCCCUAUAUUUCACCCUCAGCAGCCUCACCAGUGUUGGGUUUGGAAAUGUUUCAGCCAAUACCGAUGCUGAAAAGAUCUUUUCCAUUUGCACAAUGCUUAUUGGGGGCCAGUCUCUAAUUGCAGACAAACUCAGGAUGUCAGAACUUUUUGAUAGACAAUUUCACACCAGAUUUGACCUUCUCAAGCAACAUAAGAAAUCAGAUUGUCAGCUUGAAUCUCUGAUGCAUGCCUUGGUGUUUGGCAAUGUGACUGCCAUUAUUCAGAGGAUGUACUCCAGAUGGUCCCUUUAUCACACAAGAACCAAGGACCUGAAGGACUUUAUACGGGUCCAUCACCUGCCACAGCAGCUAAAGCAAAGGAUGCUUGAAUAUUUCCAGACCACAUGGUCUGUCAAUAAUGGAAUUGAUUCCAAUGAGCUCUUAAAAGACUUCCCAGAUGAGCUGCGUUCAGACAUCACCAUGCACUUGAACAAGGAGAUUCUGCAGCUCUCCCUUUUUGAGUGUGCCAGCCGUGGUUGCCUCAGGUCUCUGUCUCUGCAUAUCAAAACCUCCUUCUGUGCUCCUGGGGAAUACCUCCUCCGGCAGGGAGAUGCCCUGCAAGCGAUCUAUUUUGUGUGCUCAGGUUCCAUGGAAGUCCUGAAGGACAGCACGGUGCUGGCAAUUCUUGGUAAAGGAGAUUUAAUUGGAGCAAACCUAUCCAUUAGGGAUCAAGUUAUUAAAACAAACGCAGAUGUUAAAGCUCUAACGUACUGUGACCUCCAAUGCAUUAUCCUCAAAGGUCUCUUUGAAGUGCUCGACCUUUACCCAGAGUAUGCUCACAAGUUUGUUGAAGACAUACAGCAUGAUCUUACAUACAAUCUAAGAGAAGGCCAUGAAAGCGAUGUAAUAUCAAAAUUAUCAAACAAGUCUACAUUAUCUCAGACAGAGCUCAAGGGAAACGGAAAUAUAAAGAAGAGACUCCCUUCAAUUGUGGAAGACGAAGAUGAGGAUGAGGAGGGAGAAGAAGAGAGCAGCACCCUUUCACCAAUCCAUACAAGAAGCACAAAUUUCUCUCAGCAGAAGAAGGCUGGAAGCAAUAAAAGCCACCUAGGGAGAAACUUGAAGCAGUUGGCGUCAGGAACAGUGCCCUUUCAUUCACCCAUCCGUGCUUGCAGCUCAAAUCCCACAAGAACCAAACAUGAAACAGAGCUCCAUUACUACUCCAGAAGGAAGGAGAAAAACCUUAAGUUACACCUUUCAGCACUGACCAGCAAUGGUCCACCUGACCUGAGCCCAAGAAUUGUGGAUGGUAUUGAAGAUGGAAACCAUAAUGAGGAAAACCAAACCUUCGACUUCAGCUCUGAUCAGCUCAGGCAGGAAUCCGGGUUAUCUCCUACAAUUGGAGAGGCCGAAAUUGGUGCUGCUGUGCUUGUUAUCAAAGCAGAAGAGACCAAACAGCAGAUCAGCAGGCUUAAUAAUGAGGUCACAACUUUAACUCAAGAAGUCUCACAAUUAAGUAAGAAUAUGAAGAACGUGAUGCAACUUCUGGAGAACCUGCUCACAUCCCAGAAGACUCCAGGGUUCUGUGCUGUGCACAGCAUAUCUCGAAGUCCUACCCUGGAAAGUCUUCAGUCUCGAAUGGCUUGGACUACGCAUCAACCUUGCACACACAUGCAAGCUGGGAACUUUACUUGCACCAAAGCACAACCUUGCCGCAGCAACACGUUAUGUGACAUUUGGAAUACUGAUUUGUCCUCUGUAGGCAGCAGUCCCCAAAGAACUGAACCCAACCUGCAAAAUUCUAUGGAUGGUGAAUUUUAUUAUACACUGGGCCUUCACAAUUCCCCCUCCCAGUAUCAGGUAAUUCAGAAAGACAAUCUGCAGUUUCUAAGAUGCACCUCUCCCCAUUCAGACACUACCUUGACUCCUCUUCAGUCUAUUUCAGCAACUCUUUCUUCUUCAGUAUGCUCUUCAUCAGAGACAUCAUUACACCUCGUGCUCCCCAGCAGAUCUGAGGAAGGUAGCUUUAGCCAAGGAGCAAUCAGCUCUCUAAGCCUUGAGAACCUGCCGGGAUUGUGGGACUUGGAAGGAACAGCCAGAGUUGUUUCUGCACAGACCCAAGAUUUCCCAAUAGACAAUGUGACAAGCACAAGGGAUGUUAAAGAUAAAGAUUACCAAGCCAUAGAUGUAUAAUGGGAAACACUGAAGUGAUACUCGAAGCAUGUUUUGCAGCUGCCAGUUUUAAAUUUAGACUGUAUGACAGCUUUAUUUGACCUUUCCUCUGGCGAUCAUGGAGACUUACAAACAUGAAAAUUCAGAUUUAUAGAAAGUACAAAAAGAUAUUGUCAGUUUAUACUACAGGAAAAAAAAAGAAAUCUAGAUACUAGAAGCAUGUUGAAAAGCAUUUUGUAUACACAUAUAACUUACUGGUCUGUUUGGCAGACUUUUGUGAUAGUCCAAAGACGCUGAGGGUCAGAGCAGCUGGAAGUCUAGGACAAAAGAACUGUCAUGGGUGGCUUUUGUUCCUGAAAGCAAAGGUUUUCCCUGAGUGUCUGACUGUUGUUCCUAAACAAUAUCUAUGGGACUGUUUGCUUCAGGUGAUUGUGGGUCCUGCUGGUCUGUUUGUCAGUUCUGUGAAGGCGAAGGGACAAUUAUCGCUGCAUGUCAUCUAGACAAUCAACCAAAUAGAGCUGGUAGAGAGUGGUUAGUUGUUGCACGUUAUUUGUCAUGUAAA